AUUUUGACAAUUGUUAUUGCUUAUUUAUUAAUAGUUUAUUUUUUUCUGAAAGUGCUAAGUUCAAAAGUAUAGACUACACGUUACACAAAUCUGUUCAAAUUAUUUAAGAAAUUGAGUUGACUCUAGAACCACUGCCCGAGUGAUCAUUAUUAAGGUAAUUAGACAAUUUUCAAGUGGUUGCUCAAUUAUGAAUGAGUACUCUGUGUAUAUUCAACAUGAUUGGGAUGAAUGCAUCAGAUCCGUCGAAAACCGUGUUUGGAUAUCUGUCAAGCCAAGAAAUGGUCCUAGUACACAUGGUCAUUUACAAUGCAAGUCACAUAAGCUCAAUGGAAUACCCAUUAUACAAGGGACGAAUGGGUUUGAAGUUGAAUCUGUAUCGUCACAUGCCAUUCAAGUAAAGCAUUUGUCCUGUCCAUCGGUCACAUUGUUAUCACCUUACAGGGUUUUCAAAGAUGUUCAUAAUGCUAGCGUGACAUCAUUAGAUGUGGUUGGCGGCCAGUGUGUGUCUGCCUCUGAUAGUGUUUUGAAGUCUUGGAGUAGCUUAGAUCACGAGAAAGAAAAAGAAAUUACAAUGACAGGACAUUAUGGUGACAUUUAUUGUUGUCGUUGGUUUCCUAGUGUAAAGGUUGUAUUAAGUUGUGGGGCCGAUUUACGUAUCAAAAUUUGGAGUGCUGACACUGGAGAAUGUGCUGGAACACUAGUUGGGCAUACAAAAGCUGUUACUGAUUUAGCAAUUAUAGACAGAGGACGAAAUAUAAUAUCGGUUUCAAAAGAUGGAACAUCAAAAUUGUGGCAUGUUGGGAGUGGAAAAGUAAUAGACGAUCUCAUUAAGUUAAAUCCUACAACAUACAUAAAUUGUUGUUCAAUUAGUUCACCAAAAAGUUUAAAUCUAGGAGAUCGAAAUAUACCCGCUUCUGACAUAGAAAUUGGGACAGAUGAUAAAUGCCUUUUAAUUGGCUGUGAAAAUGGAAUCCUGUCGUUGAUCGGAGUUUAUGCCCGCAAGAUACUUGCUACAAACAAUUUAGACUGCCCAAUAAAUGCUUGUCAUUUGAAUGAAGAUGCACAAAUUUAUGUUGGAUGCAAUGACGGACGUGUUAUGUGGCUAGACGAUCAACUAGUAAUCAAACACUGUAUAUUUGAUACCAAUUCGCCAGUCCGUUGUCUCUGUUUGUUUAAAGAACUAGUGGUUUGCGGACAUGGUGAUGGUUCGUGCGUAAUACGGUCGGUUAAUGGCAAGAAAGCAUAUUUGACUGGUACCAACGCUGAACCAAUCUAUGAUGUCAGUACAGAUACAAGGUUUUUAUACACUGCAUGCAGAGACGGAAUCAUCAGGAAAUAUUUACCUGAACUCUUGUAAAACCUGAGAAAUAAAAAUGUUUAACAAAAUGUAACUGCAGAUUUAUUUUAAUUAUUUUUUUGCUGUUUAAUUCAUAGUUAAUGAAAUACUUAUGUAAUAAACAUUUGGCUUUUUAA